AUGUAUCGAAAUCGCAUGCAGUCCGAUAAACUGCAAUUACAAGGAUCAAUGCAGCAACAGGAUUCAAGUAGCAACUAUCGUGGUGCAGGUCAGCCAUCGCCUCAUGACAAGAAAAACAAUUAUGGAUUUCAGCAAAUGGGCGAUCCUAUGCAGAACGAUCCGUACGGCUUUCAACAGCAACAUGGACAAUACCAAGAGUCUAAUCCACAGAUGGUAGCACCAAACCACUAUCAGACUGAUCCUGCAUACUCUAAUGCUCUUAUCGAUCUUACUCCUACUAAUCAUGACAUCUUCAAUCAGCCGCAGCAGCCCAUGAAUGCUGGGUAUGGCUAUUCAAACUAUCCAACACCAACAGGCACUCCUUAUAGCUCCAAUGAUGUUUGUCCUCCAGUCAUGUAUCAAGAGCCAGUUGCCUAUGAAGCAGCUCCCAUGCACUCGUAUGUUGCGCCAGCAAUGAUGGCAGAGGCUGGUACUUUCCAUCACCCAGGCGACAGAUUGGAGUCUGUCAAAAGCCUCUAUGGUGACAACAGCUCUUACCAACAGUACAUCAAUACUGCAUAUGGAAAGGAUAAUCUCUUGCCAUCGCCUACAUCGGCCAAACUGCACAGAACUGCCAGCAGGAAACUUGAACUGAACCCAAACAUCCCCGAGGGUCAGCAUAGCACAAGUAAAAUCAGUGCUUUCCUCCCUGCCAUCUUUACUUCUCGAAAUGCUGUAUCCGGCACUAACAGAGACAUAGUCUAUCCUGAAGUGGGUGAGAAAAAACCUCCACGAUAUUUGUUUUGUUUAAAGUCAAAACGAGCGCUAUAUAUCUGUCUUGGAUCGACGUUUAUCGUUUUGCUUAUUCUUGGAAUAAUUGGAUAUCUCUACUUUCCAAGAAAUCCAAACCUACAACUGCUGGGCAUUAAGCCGGUUCGUGGAUCCGAUCAUAUGAGUCUGGGCGAAGGUUCUGCUGGACUAUCAGUCGAGGCUCAAUUUCUCAUGACUGUAGCAGUAACCAAUAUCAAUCGGUACCCAAUGGUUGUCACCAACAUGGAAAUGUCGGCCAUGAUUGUUCCAAAUGCAACAGCACUUGAAGGUGUCGCUUUUGCUAUAGAUGGCCCAGUACUCCAUGUGCCUAGCGGUUUCUCCAAACAAGUCGGAUCUGGCAAACGUAACAUUACGACCCAGUUUGAUCCUCAUAACAAUGUGACCUUUCCUGUCACGUUCGACUUUAAAUACACAACUAAUCCAGUUCUCUCCCAGGAUUUGAUUUUGGCCGAUAUUCUUCAAGCAUGUGGAUUCUUGAAUCCACCAACUACUCGUCCCAUCACUAUCCGAACCAAAACCGUGUCUGUUGUUCAAGGAUUUGACAAGCUUGGAUAUAAUCCUUCGUUUGAGAGCGAGUUCAAGAUCAAUUGCCCGCCAGGUAUUGGCAAUUCGCUUGGUGCAUUCAAUUUUACAUCUGGUGGAAUCAAUGCUGUCGUACCUGAUAGGUUCUUACCCAAAGCAGCACCUCCUCCUACUAAAAUUGCUUCCAAGAUUAAACCUUGAAGCACAGACUAGACAUCCAUUGGAUCUAGAACUGAGUACCUGCUGCAUUUGUCUUAAAACUACGUUUAAAUUUCAGACUUGACCUUUUUCUUUGGUCAGGAUCAAUGACCAAAGCCUUGUUGUGUAAUAUAACCUUUUCUUUCCUUCACUGCCGUAUUCACGUAAAAUGGAACACUUUUUCUGUAUUUAUUCUGCAGUGAUUGCCACUAUUUUGCUUUGGAAUAAACAACGGUCAAGUAUUCGUUGUGCUUUCCUACUAAUUGAUUGCAUUGCUUCUACAAUAAACAUUUUCAAUUCUUUAAUCUG